AUGUCCGGCCCUUUCCGCUUCCAGGCUGAGGAAGCCCGUUCACCACUCGACCGGAGCGCGUCGCCCUUCUCCGCAGGCCAGCCCGUGUCAUUCAAGACUAACGUCAAUCGUGCCAAAACGAAGAAAUGGGUGCAGGCUAAGAAGAAUGCCUAUGAUGGUGAUGAUUGGGGCGGCUACGACGAGUACGAUGAAUACGGCGUCAACCAGGAGCCGCAGCAGCCACAAGCACCGGCGCAGCGAUACUACGCUCAGCGUACAGAGCAGCCAUCGCGCAGCUUCACCGACCCUUCCCAGCAGGCACCUCUCGCAAGAGGCCGAAGAAAUUCCUUCGAGCAUGGCGAGGAACAGCGGGCCUUCUCCUCAACGAUACCACACCCCCAGCAUGGUCAUGGUCAACAAUAUGAAGAGCCACGAGUACAGACAAGCGGCGGUGGAUUUGACCAGGGCUACGACACCAACGAUAGAGGGGACUUCAGCCCUUCCGCGAUGCCCCCGCCCCUUCAGACACGCAUCUCGCAGGUCCCUGCCGACUUCACUCCACCCAUCAACACGCAGUUCCCCCCUCGCAAGAGCAGCAUAGGUCAAGGAGACAUGCCAAUGCCUACUUCCCCACGAUCACGGCAGGGCAGUCAGUCCGACAAGUCGCUACCCUUUAUCAGACCAGCGGACAUCUACAAGCGGCAUGAAGAGGAGCGGCAACGUGCUUCACUAGACUCAUCGCGACCAAGCCUGGACUCUCUUUCCUCCCCAACACGGGACAAUAUAACAUCUCCUCAAGAGGGCGGAAGAUCGCUGCAGCCCAUGGAAACUGUCGCUGAGCGCAAGAGCGAGUAUUUUCUGCCUGGUUGUGAUGCAGCAGCCCCGCACUACGACAAACAGCAAUCCCAGCAAGACCGAUCCCUCGUGUCACCGCAGGAUGACCAGGGCCUACGGUCCGUUGUCGACCAAGCAUUCACUCGCGCUGAUGAAAACCGCUCGGUUCCGCCAACGCCCAUAUCGAACGAUAACGAUUCCAGUUCGGACCUCUUGAGAAGCAAUACUGGCAGUACUUCCGGAAUCAGCCCAAUCAUGAGCCGUGUACCCAGCUCUGCAGCAUCAGCGCUGAGGAACCGUAACCAAGCAGAAGGUAAUACACCCGUUAUUGCAGAAGAGCCUAGUGAAAUUACGACGCCCAUCACCCAGCCAACAUCCGCGAACGUUAUCGAGCCAAUGCACCACGUCCCACGGAAACCUUCGCCAGGUCACAAUCGCAACUUCUCAAACUCUUCCAUACCGCGCAGCGGUCUCGCUACGCCCACACGUGGUGACAGUCCUGCCCGUUCGCCUGUCUUAGCACCGAGCAGGGACGUGCCCGAGCCAGAAUCCGCUCUUGUUACGACGGAAAGCAAUGAGACAUCCGACGCAAUGCAAGGCGGUCUCCAAGGCCCAUCCCCUGCGUAUGCUACCCGUGAGGCAGACAUCGCCACUGCCGCGAGAAAUGGCCCAGACAGUGGUGCAGCUGAACUCGGUGCAGCAGAGCUCCGGUCACAAGACACCUUCCUAGAGUCGCACAAUGCGCAAAGCCCCGUCGAUGAUGUUUUGCCGCGCGAUCGCUCUGAGUCUCCAAGCAAAGGUCGUGUACAGGCUUUGGCAGGUAAAUUUGGAGAGGUAGCUUCGUCAAGACGUGGCUCCACACAAUCCAAUCGCUCGAGGAACAGUGUUCAGUCUUGGGAACGGAGCAACGACAACUCUCGUGCGGGGUCUCCAACAAAAGCUAGUCAUUCAAGACACAGCAGUCCUGUCAAAGAGUUUCGUCCUCAUCUUCCAGGCCAGUGGGAAUCAUACGCGACCACGGCUAUGACACCCUCAGAUCACGGUGAGCAGGAUCGUGGAUUGAGCCUCGACACCAAUGGGCCGGACUCACUCAACAACUCUGAACUUACGCCAACAACGGCCAAGCAUCCAGUCGCUGGGGUGUCUUCAGCCGAGGCGGAAACUUCUGAUCCGCUUGCUGCGCUUAAAGAUGCUGGAGCCGCCAUGGUCCAUUCUAUUCGCACGACUUUAGGAGCCGAUGAUGAUACAUCCGAAACUCAACAGCAGCCGGGUCGUCGUACCGAUCAUGGAAACAUUUAUCUCCCUAGACCCCUUCAGUUGGACCGUACGGUCACUAGUAGCUCAAGUGUACCACCGACCCCUCCCGCGAAGGAUACACCGGAAUCAGAAUUCCCACCACCCCCGCCUCUGAAAGAGAGAUCCUUACAGCCCUUCACGAGUCAACCUAAGCGACCAAGUCUUGACCCACAGUUGAGUACCGACCCCUCAGCUGAAGACCAGGAAAGCGAUCGUCUGCGCAAGGAGAUUGUUGCAAGUCUCAGCCCGUUCAAGGCUCCUGCAUCGCCAGCUAGUGAAUCUAACCGAGCCUCACUCCAGCCCGUUAGUCCAGGCGGAAACCGUGCUAGCUCUAUCCUGCCCAGUGAGUAUGAUACCUACUGGGCAGAAGAAGACCGCGCUUCUCCUCAGUCUUCACAAGUCACUGAGCGACACCAUCAAGAGAAGCCAUCGGGAAAGAGGGUAUCUUUCCUACCACAGUCUGAGGAACCGACUAAACCCGUGAUUCUCAACCGAUUCAGCUGGGAAGGGAGCAACUCGCAACUGCAAACACCAGACGAGCAAGCACAAGGCGGACCCACGGCAGAGCCUACAAAAGCAUCACCAGUAGCCGCAAUUUCUCCUCCUCCUGCUGAGCGAGUUGCAGAUCAGGAACGUCAGGAGUCGUCUGAACCUCUUCCUGACUCAUACUUCGGUCCUGAUCAUACUUUCACGGUCACCAAACCGGAUCCUAUUAGUGACACUGAUAUGCCGCCGCAACCUUCUUCUCCGCCCCUUGAUUCUGCACGCUCACUUACUAGUCCAAUCACCAGCCCUACCCGAGAGGGAACACGCUCGCCGGGACUCCAUGUUGUCAACACAGAGCUCAACCCCGAAGCCGUAGAUCUCCCUCCGCGCUUCAGUGCGGAACACGAGCCACCCCCAGAACCCAAAGAGCCAGAAUUGAAUGAAAAACAACAGCUGGAGCAGCCCACGCAACAUCCCGCCAUUGUGCCUCCCAAUGAGGAUCCAACGACCUCUACUGCUGUGCAGGACUUUUCACCAAAGUCGCCAACCACGGACAAGCCCCUAGGCGCUCGAGAAAUUGCAACACUGGCUACAGCUGCCGAGCGAAUUGACGCCUACAAUGCAACACGAGAGUAUUGGGCGAAAUAUGAUCAUGGUCUCAAUGACUGGCUGCGCUCUGCGCUCGAAGCGAACCCUGAUCUGGCCAUUCAAAGCUACCCCGUACAGCGAGCCCCUACAAGUUCGGCGCGUCAUAGGCAUACCGGCUCUCUGGCCCUAUUUGGCAAGCUGGGGGGAUCAAGUACCCACGAUGUGAGCAGCGAACAGCAUAACAAUGCUAGUGUACCAGUCCCCGCGAGCUCAAGCUCUCCCACCACCGGUGCACCCUCUACCUCAGGAUUCGGCGGGCGAAUCGCAAAUCAGCAGAUGCAGCUCAAGGGCAAGGACUUACUUCACACCGCCAAUGUACUAGGUGGGAAGGGCAUGACGAGCGCUAAAGGAUUGUUUGCGAAAGGCAAGAGUCGCUUCGGCCGCGAAAAGGUAGACAAAUGA